CGGCAAGAGGCCUCGGCACCCGCGAACUCAUAAAUACCGGGGCGGCGCUGGUGGCGGGAGAGGCGCGUGCGGGCAGCCGGCGCCCCCGAGGCACCUGGAUAACCACCCGUCUUGAAGGAGACCUCCCUGCCCUCCUGCCUCUGUUGUCCCCCAGAGCACUGCCUGAUCAUCCUCCGUUCCCCAUCCUCCCAGCCCUUCCUGCUGUACCUGUGGGGAGCUGAUCUCCUCAGUCCCCCUGCUUUUCCCCUGUCUGCCAUCACCACCCCACCACCAUGCACCCCCUUCCUGGCUACUGGUCCUGUUACCGUCUACUCCUGCUAUUCUCCUUGGGAGUCCAGGGGUCCCUGGGGGCUCCCAGCGCUGCCCCAGAGCAAGUCCAUCUGUCUUACCCAGGUGAGCCAGGCUCCAUGACUGUAACUUGGACCACAUGGGUCCCAACCCGCUCUGAAGUGCAAUUCGGGUUGCAGCCGUCGGGGCCCCUGCCCCUCCGCGCCCAGGGCACCUUCGUCCCCUUUGUGGACGGGGGCAUUCUCCGGCGGAAGCUCUACAUACACCGAGUCACGCUUCGCAAGCUGCUGCCGGGGGUUCAGUAUGUUUAUCGCUGUGGCAGUGCGCAGGGCUGGAGCCGUCGGUUCCGCUUCAGGGCCCUCAAGAAUGGGGCCCACUGGAGUCCCCGUCUGGCUGUGUUUGGGGACCUGGGGGCUGACAACCCGAAGGCCCUCCCGCGGCUGCGCAGGGACACCCAGCAGGGCAUGUAUGACGCCGUUCUCCAUGUGGGAGACUUUGCCUACAACCUGGAUCAGGACAACGCCCGUGUUGGGGAUAGGUUCAUGCGGCUCAUUGAACCCGUGGCUGCCAGCCUGCCGUACAUGACAUGCCCUGGGAAUCAUGAAGAACGCUACAACUUCUCUAACUACAAGGCUCGCUUCAGCAUGCCGGGGGAUAAUGAGGGCCUGUGGUACAGCUGGGAUCUGGGUCCCGCCCACAUCAUCUCCUUCUCCACCGAGGUCUAUUUCUUUCUCCAUUAUGGCCGCCACUUGGUACAGAGGCAGUUUCGCUGGCUGGAGAGCGACCUCCAGAAAGCCAAUAAGAACCGGGCAGCCCGGCCGUGGAUCAUCACUAUGGGGCACCGGCCCAUGUACUGCUCCAACGCAGAUCUGGACGACUGCACACGACAUGAAAGCAAGGUCCGCAAAGGCCUCCAAGGCAAGCUGUACGGGUUGGAGGAUCUCUUCUACAAAUAUGGAGUGGAUCUGCAGCUGUGGGCUCACGAGCACUCGUAUGAACGACUGUGGCCAAUUUACAACUACCAGGUAUUUAACGGCAGCCGAGAGAUGCCCUACACCAACCCGCGAGGGCCUGUCCACAUCAUCACAGGAUCUGCUGGCUGUGAGGAGCGGCUGACGCCCUUUGCUGUCUUCCCGAGGCCCUGGAGUGCCGUGCGUGUGAAGGAGUACGGGUACACGCGGCUGCACAUGCUCAACGGGACCCACAUCCACAUCCAGCAGGUGUCGGACGACCAGGAUGGGAAGAUCGUAGAUGAUGUCUGGGUGGUGAGACCCCUGUUUGGCCGGAGGAUGUACCUCUAGGGAUGGUGGCAGCUCUCCUCCAGAAGCCUAGGUUUUGCCGCCUUGGCUGCUGUGACCAGAAACUGCCCAGGCCUGGGUGGGGAGUUGGGUGGGCCCUGACUCCCCUGCCCUCCAGAGGCCCCAUGUAGGGUACAUGCAGCCCUAUGGAGCUGGGGCAGCUGUUCCCUCCUGGAGAGGUGGGAGUCCUGGCUGGCUGUGGAGGGAGGGCAGGUGUGCGGGCACAGAGUGACACAGGGCAGGUCUCUGCUGGCAGGGCCCCACCCUCCUGCAUAGCUCUGAUCGGGCGAGGUGCCUACGGGGCUUCAGGAAUCAAGAGGCUUAAGCUGUGGCUCCAUGGAUUCUGCACAUCUGCGGGGGAUGCCCCUGGGCUUCCUCCUCUCCUGCCCACCCGGCAAGGGCAUCGCCAGGUGGGCACAACCGUCAUGACACUACUCACCAGCAGGUGGCGUCAGGGGCUUUUUCUUCUGAGCCCAGCACUGAGAGUUGGUCUGAAGCCUGGCUCCUGCUUCACUGCUCCAGGACUGCUACGAAGAGUCCCUUCAUGCCUCAGUUUCCCAGCCUGGCACCAUCUUAUCCGGGAAGACGAGACGUGUUAACACUCUUGCCUCCUAGCUAGGACAGAUGACAAACCGCAAGAGCCACAGACUUGCCAGUUCCUUCCCUCUUUCCUUCCUUUCUUUCCUUUCUUUUAUUUAUUGAAUCAUAAUUUAUUGAGCAUCUACCAUGUGCCAGGCUCUGUUCUCAGUGCUGGAGAGACAGCUGUGAAUGAGACAGAGAUCUCGGCCCUCACAGAGCUGACAUCCUAACCAGAGAGUUGGACAAAAAUCACGAUAAAUGAGUUGGUUAAAUAGCGAUUUGUGAGUAGAAAACGCAGGGACGGUGAGAGAGCAGUUUCAAUUUUCAGGGGGAUCUCACUGAGAGGGCAACAUUUGAUCUGAAGGAGGUGGGGAAGGAGCCAAGUGGGCAGACAUCUGGGGAACGAGCAUUCCAGGCAGAGGAACAGCCAUUGCAAAGGCCCUGAGACAGAAAUGUGCCUGGCCAGCUGGGUACAGUAACUCACAUCUGUAGUCCCAGCACUUUGGGAGGCCGAGGCGGGCGGAUCACUUGAGCCCAGGAGUUUGAGACCAGCCUGGGCAACACAGCGAAACCCUGUCUCUACCAAAAAUAUGAAAUUUAGCUGGGCAUGGUGGUGUGUGCCUGUAGUCCCAGCUGCUCAGGAGGCUGAGGCGGGAGGAUGGCUUGAGCCCAGGAGGUUGAGGCUGCAGUGAGCCAUGAUCACGCCACUGCACCCCAGCCUGGGCAACAGAGCAGGACCCUGUCUCAAAAAGUAUAUAUAAAUAAAAAAGUUUUAAAAAGAGAAAAAUAAAACAAAGAAACGUG